AUCCAGGAGAAGUAUCUCCCUCUAAUUCCGUCAAUUCUUUUCUAUAUUACUCUGUAUCUGAAGUUAAAAUCAUCGAACAAAGUGAAUUGAUAUAUUGGCUCGGCACCUGAUGCUUCCUUUAUGUAAGAAUGCUGAAUUUUCAAUGCGACUCUCAACGAUUUGUUGUUCGUUUAUUUCUCAUCACGCUUACGGCUACGUCAACUGUUCAAGAAAAACUGCUCAACCAGCUAAAUACAGCACAUCAACCACCCUCGACAUUUCAACUGAACGACUACUCAGACUUUCGUGAGAACGAUGAAGGGGAUCGAGGGCGCCAAUUUCCACAAUGGUCUCAAGUUUUGCAAAAAAAUAUUCCGUUCCAACGGAUCGAUCGUCCUACAAACCAGAUUUCUGUAAAGAUUCCAGAUGACCUUGAUCCAAAUAUUUUAUGGGAUGCAAGGUGGAAUGUAAAUUACACAUUUGGUCAGAUAUCGGCAGUGUCUAUAGAUCCCGAUGGAAACAUUGCCGUAUUCCAUAGGGGGGACCGUAUAUGGAAUUCUGAGUCAUUUAAUAGAGAGAACAAGUUUGAUCCUACGAACGGCCCAAUAAAACAAAAUACUAUUAUUCUUUUAAAUAAAGGUGGAAAAAAGAUUUUAGAAUGGGGUGAAAAUCUAUUUUAUAUGCCUCAUGGAUUGACGAUCGAUUCUUUUGGCAACUAUUGGAUCACCGAUGUAGCAUUGCAUCAAGUGCUUAAAUAUGAUGCAGAUGAUAUUAAAAAAAGUGUAAAUCGACAAACCAUGUCAGUAUUACAUACCGUUGGAAAUUCUGAUGAAAAAGGUUUCCAUCGAAAUAACGAUUUAAAGCCCUCGCUAGUUUUGGGGAUUGCGUUCGAACCGGGAAAUGACGAUCAAAGAUUUUGUAAACCUACAGCAGUGGCCAUACAGAGAAAUGGUGAUUUCUUUGUCAGCGAUGGUUAUUGUAACUCUAGAAUAAUCAAAUUCAAUAAGAUUGGAGAAAGAAUUUUACAUUGGGGACGCAAAUGGAUAGGACCAGAUGUGAGGCAUCGAACACCUCCGCAUAAUACAUUCUUCGUGCCACAUGCGUUAGCCGUUGCAGAGGAUCUGAAUUACAUUUUCGUGGCGGACCGUGAAAAUGGCAGAAUACUCUGUUUCUUCUCGAAUAACGGAACAUUUCACAAAGAAUAUACUCAUCCCGUGAUCGGAACAAAAGUAUACAGCAUCUCCUAUGCUCUUGGAAAGCUAUAUUUAGUUAACGGUCGUGACCAGUUUAUUCUCAAUGACGUCCACGUACGAGGUUUUUCGAUUGAUAUAGAUACCGGCAAUAUCGUUUCACAAUUUGGACCUGUAGGUGACAUGAAUACGCCACAUGAUAUAGCAGCAUCCGAAGACGGGCUCGAAGUGUACGUUGUAGAAUUGGAUGCUCCUAGAGUCUACAGAUUUUUGCAAGGUUCCAACGAUACGAUAAGUUCUUCAUAUUUCAAGAACUCUACAUUGCCAAAGCAACAAUCGGCACCUUUCAAUGAUAGAAACACAGAUGACACAUUUUUUAUUUCAUCCCAUGCGACUACGACGACUGCAAUUUUAUCUCUCAUAACUUCUGCAAUGUUUCUCAUUGCUGUGUGUGUAACCGUAGCUGCCAUUAUUGCCAGACGUCGAAAACGAGGGUGCUUAUUAACGGUACACAGAAGAAUGUUUCAAAGUCCCAAGAAGAGAGAGAAUUUCAAACUUUCAAGCCUGUUGGAUAGUCGUACAAAGAAGAAUUAUAAAUUCUUGGACAACCGCCCUAAUACGAAGCAAUUUAAAAAGUUGAACACGGAUCCAGAGUCAUCCGAGGAUGAGAACCAUGAGAAUAAUUUGACAAAACUUAUUUAAACGUUGGUAAAGAAUGAAGAGAAAGGACCAAGGCGGUAAAUUAAAAUCAAACUUCUGAAGUUUCCUGCAGUUACGAAAGAGGAUUUUGGUUAUAUACCGAGAUUAUACGUGGUAUCAUCUAAGUUUACAGUUUCAUUGAUGGUAAACGAUAUUUUAAGCUAGUCAACGCAUUAAUAAGUAAAGCUAAUGAAGUGUAAAUAUGCAAGAUAUUGGGAUUGUCAAGAGGUUGUUCCAGUCUUGUCAAGAAGAAGGAAUAUGUUUGUAAAUUUUCUAAUUUCUACAUUUAUUUUCCUUUCACCGUCUAUUCCUCAAAGCACUGAUCUACUCUUGUUCUACAUUAUGUAUCAAAAUUUACACAGAAUGAGACAUCUAUUUGAGGUUACUGGAAUAAAUUGUCUGCUUUUCGGAAACAAAAA